GCUAUCCUUAGAAACAAAUCCGGGAUUUAAAAAUACUUCCAUGGUUUGCGGUCAUGUUCGUUUAAAUUUGACGACUAAAGUUCAGCAACAGCAAUAGCACACUACAGUAGAACAUACGGCGGCCGCUUACCAAGACCAUGGUGGUUUUAAAAACAUACGUUCAAGUGGUUUGGGGAAUACUUUGUCUUAGUGUAGCUGUUCGAGCAUGCACCAGAUGUGGAACUCGGCCCAGUUUGCCAAGAAUAAUAAACGGCAAGGAGGCGUUCCCCCACUCCUGGCCAUGGAUGGCUUACAUCGAGUUUGGACGUAGAAGUUCAUGUGGAACGCUAUGUGGAGGGAGCUUGAUUACGAAGGACUGGAUUCUUACAGCGGCCCAUUGCUUAUACACACCUCGUUCCUGUCCUGAUCAGCGCCAGUGGCGAGCAGACGAGAUCAGCGUGUCGCUUGGUGUCCACAGUCGGUCAAGCCGAGCCACAACCGCAGCAGUGGUCGAGAGGACAGUGAGCAAGGUUUACAUCAUCAACAGUUAUAAAGCGGCCACUUUUGACAACGACGUGGCAUUGUUAAAGCUUUCUGAACCUGUAAAAGACACCAAUGAAAUUAGACCCAUCUGUCCUGUUAGAGAAGACACGAAUGUGGCCGAAGGAACGCUGUGCACAGUUACUGGCUGGGGCGUCUCGAGAUUAGGAUCCAUACAACCAAGCGACGUUUUAAUGGAAGCGUCAGUGAGAUAUUCGUCUGCGGAAGCGUGUCGUGCCAGUUCUCAGUAUCCCAGAGAUGAAAUUACGGACGAUAUGCUCUGCGCAGCCGAACCCGCAACAGACUCUUGUUUGGGCGAUUCAGGCGGACCCCUCAUGUGCGCGUUCACAGUCAGUGGUGAGACGCAGUGGAAACAACUGGGGAUCGUUAGUUUUGGCAGAGGGUGUGCUAGACCCUCUUUUCCCGGGGUCUACACUGACGUCAGAAAAAUGGCUAACUGGAUUUACAGAACUGUUGCCUUUGGGGCCUGUGGAUCAAUGGAAAGACUCGACUCGAAAUAUUAUGUCAACGGCCCAAAUAUUGAGACCAAAACCGGCAUCAGCGAGAGGGAAUGUGAAGAGGCGUGCAUAAAUAACGCAGACUGUAAAGCGGCAACCUUUCGUCAACAUACUUCAUAUUGUUGGCUUCACGCCCAACCCAGAGGGACUGGAAGCAGCAGUGGUUGGGUGGUGUUCCGGAGGAGAGAUGGCUGUCAAAAUGAAUCGUGAAAGAAGAGUUUAAGAAGUGUUCACGAGUUAAUUAUGCAGUAGCAUAGCUUUCAUUGGGAAUAAUCCCUUAC